AUGUCCGCCCAAAACUCUGCGGGUAUCCAGACCCUGCUCGAUGCCGAGCGUGAAGCUCAGAAGAUCGUCCAGCAAGACCGCACCAAGCGCGUAAAGGACGCCCGAAACGAAGCGCAAAAGGAAAUCGACGACUACAGGAACGAGAAGGAGGCCGAGUACCAGAAGUUCGAGAAGGAGCACAGCUCAGGCAACCAAAAGGCCGAAGAGGACGCAAAGAAGGACACUGAUGCCAAGAUCAAGGAGAUUGAGGAGAUUGGCAACAAGUCGGGCGGAAAGGUCGUUGACCAGUUGAUUGAGGCUGUCAUCAGCGCACACCCAGAGCCACCAAAGAAAUAA